UUCCGUCAUGGCCGUGUCGAGUUGGUAAAUAAUCACACAAAAAUAUCUGUUUAGUAUGGACGAAGAAGAAAGAAAAAGAAAAUUGCAAGCGGGAAAAGAGAAGCUUGCAGCUUUUCAAAAGAGAAAAGCAAAAAAGAAAAAGAAGAGAAAAGAUGUUGCAGAAGCAGAUGGAGAAAGCGAAUCUUCCACUGAUCCUUGUGAUCUCUCACUGUCAAGUGACCAGCAUUCCUUUUCCUAUGAAGAUAGCGACCAAAGAUCUAUGACUAGUGGAGAUGAACUUUCUGCAGCUGAUGAUGAAGUAGGGAGGGAAUUUGAGGCUCAAGCUUCUGAACUGAGAAAUGCUGCACUGCGGAUAACAGAAUUAGAAGAGACAGUUCUGGGGAAACAGCUAGCCAUAGACAGCUUGACCAAAGAAAACGAAGCACUGAAAGCGCAGGUUCCAGAAGCUGCAGGUGCUUCAGCAGGUGCCAAAGAAGAUGAAUACAAGAUAACAGUAGAGCAGUACAAUCACAGGAUGCAAGAGUUCCAGGCAGCAAUAGCUCACAGAGACGAGCUGAUCUCUAAGCUUCACACAACUCUGCAGGCCAAGUCCCAGCAAGAGCAAGACUCGUCCCAAGGAGAUUACUCCAACGAGACGUCCCAGUUAGCCAACCAAGUUCACGCACUUCAGAAACAACUUCAGGAGGCUGAUGAAGCCCUGAGGAAUCAAAAAGGAGGAUUUGAGCUCUCGUCCCAGGCAUUACAGGAGGCUAAGAAUCAGGUUCUGACUCUGCAGAAGGCGUUAAAAGAGAAGGAAGACGCCCUGUCGGAGCUAUCUCAAAAGUUUUCUGAAGCCUCACAGGAGAAUCUGACGUUGGGAGAGCAGGUGGAGGCUUUAAAGAAGAAAGAGAAGGAUUCCAAUGCUGUGGUGCGUCAGUUGAUGACUGACGUCGAAGAUAUGCAGAAACAGGGCAAACGGUCAAGCAGUCGGCCAGACAGUCCCAGCAUCUCUCAGACUGACCUCCAGCAGAAAAUGGCUGAGAUGGAGGAACAGCACGGGAUGCAGAUUACUCAGAUUAAGGAGCAGUUGAGAGAACAACAGCGGGAGGAAAAUGAGAAACUGAAUCAGGAACUAAAGCAGCUGACUGAGCAGAACGAAACUCUAACGAAGCAGGCAUCUGAGUGGCAGACUUGGUACCACAGCGUAGUGGAGCAGCUUGGCCAUAUACAGGAAUAUCCGAAACGGCUGAAAUUAUUGGAGGAGGAAAAUUUGUCCUACAAGGCACAGGUUGACGAAGCCAACACAAAGCUUAAGGAGGCUUUGAAAGUUAGGGAAGAUCUGAGCUGCAAGUUGCAAGAGUCAGAAAAAACUAUAGAGAAUCUAUCGAAAACCCUGGAAAAUGCAGGGACCCAAGUGGCAGAAUACGAGCAUAGACUUAAAGAGCAGGAUGCAGAGAUUCAAAAUCUUCACGUAAACCACAAGCAAACAGUAGAGGAACUGAGGCAUCGGCUUGCUCAAACUGAACAGGAAUUCAAACAAAACAAGGAUAUAUAUGAAAGUGAAAUGCAGCAAAUGAAACAAAGACUUUUGGAGCAAGAAAACCAUCAGAAAGCUGGCAUUGAAGCAAGAAUUGUUAACAGUGUGGACACUUCUAAAGUUGAAGCAUCUCUGUAUGGUGGUGAUGUUGAAAAAGAGUUGCAGAGUAAAAUACAGGCUCUUACUGAGGACUUUGAGGCAAAGUUGCGUAGACAAGAGCAAAAUCUAAAUGAGGUUCAUGAGAUACACCUAGAAAGAGCUCGGGUCGAAUGGGAGUAUGACAACAAGAAGGAAAAAGAACAGUUCAUGAAAGACCAGGAAAUUCUUCUCAAACAGAAAAUAGAUGGCAUUCGAUCUGAAAGUGAGCGCAGAUUUGUCCAAGAGCUACAGAAGGCUCGCCUGGAGCUGGAGCGGGUUCAGACGGAGAAGCUGGAGCAGCAGCGACUGGCGUAUCUCCAGCAGCAGUUGCACCAGACCACAGCAGGCUCAUGUGAAGUGGACCACCAUGAGUUGGCCAAAGUGGUGGACAGGCUGCAGAAAGAAAAUAGGGACUUGGCCGAGGCACGAGACGCUCUGCUAAGACAAGUAGACGAGGUCCACCACAUACAGGAAGACCUGCAGGAAGAGGUGCUCACUUUAUCCCAGCAGAGUCAGCAUCUAGGGGAAGAGAAUAUGCAGCUGUCUCAAGAAAUAGAGCGCUUUGGCAUAGAAGCAAGCGUAGAGUCUGCCUCGGAACAUGGCGUGGAAGAAUGGCGGGUAAAAUAUAACUCCCUUAUUGAAGAAAAUGCUUAUCUGCGUGCAAACCUGCAGAGGCAGGCCUCAAGAGACAGUAAUGGUGACGACGGGCAUGACUUGAUCGAUUUGAAAGUGAAAUACGAAGCCUUGUUGUUGGAAAAGGAGAAACUUCAACAACGUUUACAAGUUCAAGGUCAUUCCAGGUCAAGGUCAGGUAGCCCUGCAAGCGUUGGUUCCCACAGUGAGGCUGUUGCAGCAGACUGGAAUCAUCGCUAUGAAGAACUGCAACACCAGAUGGAGCUGCAGUCACAGGAGUGGGAGACGCGGUGCCAACAGCUGCAAGAGGAGAACCAGGCCCUGGCAACCGAGAUAGAAGUGCAGAAAAACACUUACACUUUUGCUGAGAAGAACUUUGAGGACAAUUACUCCAGACUGGAGGAGGAGAAUAACCGUCUGCAUCAAAGAUGUCGAGAGUUAGAUGAGCGCAUGGCUGGUGAUGUCGGUUAUGGUGGCUUUGCCGAGGAGGACGGCUUGCAGGGUGAAUUGGAAGUACUGCGAAAACAGAAUGUUCAUCUGGAAGAGAGCAUCAUGAAUCUUAGAAACACACUUGACCAAGAAAAGUGUGACAUGGAACAGGAACUACUGACUGCAAAUAUGAAAUAUGAGAACAUGGCGCUGGAGAAUGAGAGCCUUAAACAGGAAGUGAAUAGCUUAAGAACUACCAGCGGGUCUGUCGAUGAGAUCUCAUCUUUACAGAAGUACAUCAUGGACUUGGAAAAUAGGCUUUUGCUGGCCGAAAGAGAGAAAUUGGACAUAGAAUCGCAUCAACAAAGCCAGUUGACAAUUCAAGAAACAGCUAGCAGUAGAGUAGAUGCUGCUGCUGUGUUGCAGGAUGAAAAGAUGCAGUACGAGGCCAGGGUGAGGGAAUUGACUGCUAACUGUGAGCAUUACAAGUCCAAGGUGGACGAGUUAGAAGACGAAGUGCUCGCCUCUAACAUAAAAUGUGAUGAGUUGAUCAGAGAACUGCAGGACGCCAAGGAACAAAUAGAGUCAGUGCAGGGCGUAGAUGUUUCUUUGAGAAAUGAAAUGGCUGAGAUGCAAGAGAAAUUGCUGCAAGUUUCGGAAAAAUUGGAAGCCACUGAGAAGGAUCUGCAAGAAGAAAGGAACAAAUAUCAACAACUUGAAGAGGAACACCGGAAAAAACAAACGGAAAACAAUGCAAUGGAGUCUGCUAACAUUUCACAACAAUUAGCAGAAUUGAGACAAAUUAAUUUGAAACUAGAGAAGGAAAAGGAAGAGUUGGCAACUAAAUUGAACCAAGAGGCUAAAACUGUGGCUAUGUUGCGGGAGCAGCUCUCCACUGCAGAUUCUGUUUCAGCAGAAGUCCAGAGCGUAUUUGGGCAGCAGUUGUCUGAAUUGCAGUCGCAGAAAGACGAACUUUCACGUAAAUUGGAGGAACAUAAGCUUAGAGACCAAAGAAUGACAGAAAUAAUUAAGGAAAGGGAUGCACUUGAGCAAAACUUGCAGCAAGAGAAGCAUGCUCUGGCUUUGAAAUUGCAGGAAAAAGAGAACUUAGAGAUUGAACUUUUAAGGGAAAAGACGCAUCUUGAGCAAAAGAUCAGAGAGCAGCAACGUUUGGAAGAAUUCAUAGACGAAAAAGAUCUCUCAGAAAGAGAGCUUCUGGAGCAGAAGCAACUUCUAGAGGGAGACUUGGUCAGAUUAGAGCAGGAACUGAAAGAAAAGGAAAAACUCCUGGCAAAUGAGAAAGCUCAGCUAUUGAAGGAAAUCCAACUUAAAGAUGACACAGUCCAAAAAUGGGAGUCAAAAUAUCACGAGUUAGAAAAGGUGACAGUCGCUAAUGAGAAGGUUCUCAAAUCUAAUUUUUCUCAAGAGUUGAAAGCAGUUCAGAGCGACCUGGAGGAGAAAAAUCUGAAGACUCUGCAGGCGGUGAAGUUACAAGUCGAGAUGGAAUACAGGGAGGCCAUGACAAGGCUGCGACAAGAACUCGCUGAGGACGCCGCGGCAAGAGAAGCCAAGCUGCUGCAAGAACAUGUGGCUAAGCUGUCCUCCGUUGAAACAAAGCAUAGCAAAAAGUUGGAGGCCCUGAAGCAGCAGUAUGAAGAGCAGCUGGAGAAUGUUAAGAUGCAGCUGGAACAGCAGCGCCUUGAACAGCUGGGGACGGUGAAGGAGGUGCACGAACGGCAACGAGAGCGAGAACUGUCCGAGCUGCAACAGAAGCAUUCUGAGGAAAUUGGUGCUAUGGCGGGCCAGCUGGACGCCACCCAUCAGGAGAUCUUUGAGAAGAUGAGGAGAAAGAUGGAGGAGAACCACCAGCAGGAUGUGGAAGAAAUAAAAAAGGACCACCAGGCUGAGAUGAAGCUCCAGCUGGAGGCCCUAAAGUUCACCACUGAGCAGAUCUACAGCAGCCACCUGCAGCUGGUCAAGGCUGAGAAGGAGGCCGAGAUGACCAGGGCGCUGGACAGUCUGAGGGACACAAUGACCAAAGAACACAAGGAACACAUCAACAACUUGCAGUCGUCAUGGGAACAGAAACUAGAGGAGAUGGACAGGCAGCAUCAGCAGGAUCUGGCAGCUAAAACAGCAUCUUUAGAAGAGGAGUCAAAAUUAAUGUUCGAAAAUCUGAAGGCAGAGCACCAGCAAGCCUUGGAGAACCUGAAAUUAGAGUACCAGCAGGGCUACAGCAAAGAAGUGGAGCGGAUGCAGCAGCAGCAACUCCAAGACCGAGGCUCUGUGGAGGAGUACCAGGCAGAUAUGAACACAUUACUACAAGAGAAGGAGAUGCUGGUGAAACAAGCUGAAGAAAUGAGGCAAAACCUCCAGAGAAUCCACGAAGAAGAAAUGUCUUCCCUAAAGAGCGCCAUGGAGGCAGAGUACAACAAGCUGUGGGAGGCCAAGGAGGAGCUUGAGCGCCAUCUGGUGACCAAAGAACAAGAACAUCAACAGAAUGUGAUCCAGCUACAGGCACAGCUACAGCAAGCUACAGAAGCAGUUAAAAAAGAAGAAGAGAAAGCCAAAGCAGAACUGAUGGAGAACCAUAAUAAAGAAAUGGCAGACUUGAGAGCCUAUUUUGAAAAGCAUGUCAAUGACAUAGAGGCAGGCUAUGUGGAAGAAAUCACACAGGUCAAGUCAAAAUAUGAAGACAGUAUUGCAGACCUCAAAAGUCUGUUAGAAGUCAAAUCGCGCCCCAGCUCGGCAAGCAUCGAACGCCAGGACUCGGCUGACAAAUCCAGCGAGGCAGAGAUCCGUCUAGCUCGGGAACGGGACUAUUUCAAACAGAGCACUAUGUUGACUGUGUUGUCUGAUGUGGACAGCACUCCUCCCACCUCCCCGCGUGGCGAGACCGAAGACCAAACCAAGGUCGCUGACCUCGAGAGACAAAUCGAGCUCUUGAAGGAACAGCUGGACACUGAAAAGAGGACGCUUGAAAACCAACAUAUUUCUGAGAUGGAAAAUCUCAAAUCUCAGUUUGAAUUUAAAGCGGAAUUGGACCUUAAAAAUGCAAAGGAUGAGGCAGAAGCAAAAUAUGCCAAAGAAUUGGAGGCUGUUAAUCUGCAGCAUAUACAGGCCCUCGAAGAAAUGAAGGCUAAAUACAGUGAGGACCUGACCAAAGAGGCGAUGAAAAUCAGACUGGAGGCUGUCGCUGAGGCAGAGAAGCAGCUGCAGCAGGAGAAGGAAGACAUCCAGUCUGAAUUAGAGCACAAUCACAAGGAAUCUUUGGAGGCCUUGAGACAGGAAUUGGAACACGAGAGAAAGGUGGAGGUCGAAACUCUGCAAUCCGACUUUGCUGCGCAGCAACUGGUGGAACUGAAACGGUGUCAGGCAGAAAUGACGGAGAAGUUUGAUAAAGAGAAGGAAGAUCUUGUCGCUGAGCUUGAAGAAAGGUUGAAAAAUAGAAUCAAUGAGGAUGAUGUAAAAUUAAAGGAGGUUGUUGAGAAAUUGGAAAAAGAACAUAAAAAUGAACUGGAACAGUUGUCUGCCAAGUAUAGUCAGUUAGAAAAAGAGUAUGGUGAAACGGUGGAACAACUGCAGUCAGCACAAGAUAUGUUGAACUCUGAAAAGGUCAAAGUUGAAGAGUUUAACAAACAGCUGCAGGAUGUACAAGAUGAAAUGAAAACCUUCAGAGAAGGAGUGGAGAAGGGUGAGUGUCCCGAAGUUGAGGAGAGGUUCCAGAGGGAGCUAGAGCUGACCAAGACCACAUUACAGCAGGAGUUUGACCAGUUGACCAGUACCUUACAGGCACAGACAGCCAAGGAGCUGCAGCAAGAACAGGAAAAAUUCAUGAACCAGCAUCAGAACAUGAUGGACCAGUUCAUUCAGGAGAGGGAGAAAGAAGUGGAAGAAAUCAAAGAACAACAUUCCAGAAAACUGCAAGAUACCAAUGCAGACCACCAGAGGGCGCUGGAGGUUCUGAAAUCUGAACACCAGAUGGAGCUGCAAAAGAUUCAAGAGGAGCAUGCUGCAGAGAUUGGACAACUGAAAGAAAAGAAGUCAGAAAGGGAUUCUGAAGAGGUUGAUAGGUUGCAGGAGUUGCAGGCCUUGAAAGAAGAGUUUGACCAGAUGCAGAAGAAGCACAGUGACAUCAUAAGCACACUGGAACAACAGCACCUUGAGGCAAUGGAACAGUUGAAAAUCCAAAUUAAAGAAGAGCUGAUCUCAGACCACAUGAAGAAGUUUGAAGAGAUGACGGCAGAGUUAGAGCAGAGCCACCAGACUGAGGUGGAUGAAGUGAGAGAGAAGUUAGCACAGGAAUAUCAAGGCAUGGACUACUAA